AUGCCCGUUAAAUUCUAUUCAUUAUCUAUCUAUCUAUCUAUCUAUCUAUCUAUCUAUCUAUCUAAUUAUUUUCAUAUCGAUACUCUUCACAUCUAUCUAUCUAUCUAUCUAUCUAUCUAUCUAUCUAUCUAUCUAUCUAUCUAUCUAACAAAGUCUCUUCAAGUCUAUCUAUCUAUCUAUCUAUCUAUCUAUCUAUCUAUCUAUCUAUCUAUCUAUUCUCUUGCUAUAUAUAUAUAUAUAUAUAUAUUUUUAAACGUCUCUUCAUAUCUAUCUAUCUAUAACAAAGUCUCUUCACAUCUAUCUAUCUAUCUAUCUAUCUAUCUAUCUAUCUAUCUAUCUAUCUAUCUAUCUAUCUCCAACCCAAUCUCUUCACAUCUAUCUAUCUAUCUAUCUAUCUAUCUAUCUAUCUAUCUAUCUAUCUAUCUAUCUCUAUCUAUUCUCUUGCUAUAUAUAUAUAUAUAUAUAUAUAUAUAUAUAUAUAUAUAUAUAUAUAUUUUAAACAUGUCUCUUCAUAUCUAUCUAUCUAUAACAAAGUCUCUUCACAUCUAUCUAUCUAUCUAUCUAUCUAUCUAUCUAUCUAUCUAUCUAUCUAUCUAUCUCCAACCCAAUCUCUUCACAUGUAUGUAUGUAUGUAUGUAUGUAUGUAUCUAUCUAUCUAUCUAUCUAUCUAUCUAUCUAUCUAUCUAUCUCAUUCUCUUUAUAUAUGCCUGUAUACAGGGUGUGGCUGGUAUUUGA